AUUUGGAUGAUGUAGGGAACGGAUAAACGAGAAAGCCAGCCAACGGUUGUUUUCGUUUAUAUUUCUCCUGCCGAUUUCGCCGGAAAAUUCUCAACCACGGCGGCGAUCCAGUAGCGAUUUUCACCUUACAGUUUGAAGCAGAAAUGGUGUCUUUGUCUACAUCACCAUCAAUCCAUCUCACACGGUUGCCAAAUGCAUCUACUCAGGUAGGUGUGUAUAGGAAUGGUCAAUGUCGAAGAAGUACGUCGUUCGGUGUGAGGUCUGAGCAUUUGCCUUCUACUUCAACUUCUCCUUGCCAAGAUGGACCUGGAAGGCGCCAACUCAUUGCCAUCGGGGCAACAGUUGCCCCAUGGUUAUUCCUUUCUCAGCAAUCUUCAACAUUUGCUGCAGAAUCGAAAAAGGGAUUCCUAUCGGUCACAGAUAAGAAAGAUGGAUAUACUUUUCUGUAUCCCUUUGGGUGGCAGGAAGUAGUUGUCGAAGGACAAGACAAGGUCUUCAAAGAUGUUAUCGAACCUCUGGAAAGUGUCAGCGUAAAUUUGAUUCCCACUGUCAAACAAGAUAUUCGUGAUUUUGGACCACCACAAGAGGUGGCUGAGACUUUGAUCAAAAGGGUUCUGGCUUCUUCGUCUCAGAAAACAAAGCUGAUCGAGGCUACGGAGCAUGAUGUGGAUGGUAAAGCUUAUUACACAAUUGAGUUCAUAGCACAAGCUCCAACGUACACUCGCCAUGCUCUUAGCACAGUCUGUAUUGGCAACGGAAAAUUCUACACUGUGACAACAGGAUCGAACGAGAGGAGAUGGGAUAAGAUGAAAGACAGACUGAAGACAGUGGUAGAAUCUUUCCAGAUUUUCAAUGUCUGAUAAGUGAAUCACUUAUCAUCAUCGCUUCUUUCUUCUUCUUCUUCAGGGUAAACAACACACUUGUUUUGUAAAUAUAUCUAACACGAGAGGCUAUUUUAUUAUUCUAUCUGUGUAGAUAUGAGCGGUUUUGUGUCUGAAGAACUCGAGUCUCUGAUGUUAUAUGGCUUUACAUGUACUUGUGUUCGACAAAUUGUCCAAAGAAUAUACGUUGAUUGUGAUAUUUUCAGUAUAAACUGCAAGAUUCCUAUAUAUUCGAUGAGGAUGUAGAGUUUUGACAAGAAGAGGGAAUCAAAUGAAUUUAUUUUCUUGCA